GACUGAGACGUGUCUUCAGCCUGGCUUUACUUCUUUCUGUUUGCUUUGGUCAGGUUCCUCAAGGUCUUCAACUUGAGGCUCCUCCCUUGUAACAGCAUAGCAUCCAUCCCGUGGUUGUUCAGGUUGAGUGCGCGCUGGGUGGGGAUCCUGGCAGGGCACUUGGCACAGAGGACUUGCUCACACUCCUUCCGCCGACUCCUUCCAGGUCUGCAGGUCAAAUCUAGAAUUGUGUUCUCAUUGAGUGUGGGCUUCUGGACAGGAUCUCUGUUGUUGACCAUUGCUUCCUGCAGCAGCACCAUCAUAUCCUGGAGCCCCGGGGAGGACGAAGUGUCCAGUCCUUUACCCAGCAAGCACAGGAGCAUUCCACAGCCAUUACGUAACUCUCGUGAUUGUAGAUUUUUGUACAGCAUGGGACGUGGUAGACCCAUCCCUCAUCCCUCGUUCUUUCUGACAUCACGCCUUCUGUUGGAGUGGGCACAACAGCUGCUCUCAUAUCUCAAGCCCUCAUUCAUGACCACGCGCAUCUCCAACUGGGAGCUGUCUGCGUCCUGCUCUGUCUAAGGACUCGGACCUCUGCCCAGAGUGGGAUUCUGUGAGCUGGGCCUGACGGAAGUCAGAGGCAGAACUACCAAGUGUCCUGGUUAGUCUUCCAGGACCCUCUCCCUGGCACUGGGUUGCCCACAGUAGUAGGUCCUUGGUCACAGGGUCACCUUGGUCAUCGGGUGACCUCGGCGGGUCAAGGACGUGCAUUUAUUUUCUGUUGUAAUAGGGUGUCUCACUCCAGUGCUGUUAGGCAGGUCAGUUCUCAGUGUCACUUCAUUUUUAUAUUACGUUUUUAACAUUUCAAAGUAUUUUAAAGCUAGGUCUGACCCAUGUGAGAUACCCUCCUCCAUUCCCUUCCCUCCCCACAAAGAAGAAAACAAAACAACCCUAGCCGUGUUGCAGCUCAUGUGAAAGGCACUUGACACACAGGACUUUCAGGAAAUAUUAGUUCCUUUUUCUCUUUGACUCUAAGAUGCCAGGCAUUAAUUAGAAGAUGCAUCCUUAUUUCAGAAAUGAAAAAGCUAAGACAAAAUCAUUUGUCUUAGAUUCAACAAAAAUGCGUCAUUUCUUCUUCAAAGUCUAGCUGUGGAGGGAGUGCAGGUCCCAUCACCCUCGCAGGCCCUGAAGCUUCUAGAGAGCUGUCCUACUCGUGUCGGAAGCUUCGUCAUGCCAACCUGGUUUGGGUAAAAUGUGAUUAUUGGUCAGUCUGUUACCAAACGUGGGUGACUGUCCCGAGCAGCAUGGACAAGCUGAUGGGACUAUGGUCCCUUGCCUCCUGAGAUCACUGGAGCUGACGGGAAGAAUGAACGUGUGCAGACACCAGGUUCAGGGAGCAAGUUUCCGAGGCUGGAAAGAGGUGACUUCUCUGUUCCAUAGAGACGACGAGCAGCACCUGCUGGAGAGACGCACAUCCCCCAAGUCUAAAGGAACUAACCUGCGAUUAAAGGAAGAGUUGAAGACAGAGAAGAAAUCUGGAUUUUGGGACAAUUUGGUUUUAAAACAGAAUAUACAGUCUAAGAAACCAGAUGAGAUUGAAGGUUGGGAGCCUCCAAAACUUGCUCUUGAAGAUGUGGCAGCUGAUUCAGGUGACACCUUGAAUGACCGUGUGCCUCGGCCAGGCUGGGAGGAGGACGGCAAGGCCUCCACCAAGUACAGCAACCUGGCCAGCUCAGGAGGCAGCUCCCGCUGGAGCCUCAAGUCGGCCGGGAAGCUCGUCAGCAUCAGACGGCAGAGCAGAGGCCACCUGACAGACCACUGGGAGGAGCUGGAGUGACACGGCAGAGGAGACAUGGUGACAAGUCCACAGUUCCCAAGUAUUUUCAAACCAAAAUUUGCCUGAUAAUUGCACCUUUGUGUCUCAUUUCAUUCAGAUUCUUAGAGUUUGCCAUAUCAUGUUUUAUUAGUAUAUCAAGUUGUUUAGUCUUUCCCUUAUAAAAAAGAGUGGAGAAUCUACUCUGUGCCUAUAUUUCAUGUUUGGACUUUGAUCUUUGUAUGUCGAAUUAGGGCACUCCCCACAUGCCGUGACUCCUCGGUGGACGUGUGCAGGGACUGCACAUGAUGGCCGUACUGUACACACGUCCACUUCCUGCAGUCCCUGUGGGGCUGCAGCUGGAGACGGGAAUCUGUGAUGCUGUCCCACGAGGUGCCAGUGCUGACUUGCAGUUUACCACAAAGCUUUUCAUGCCAUCGUUGGCUGCGGUUCUGUUUCCUGACAGCCUCCUCUUGCAUGCAGCAUAUACGUAAAGUCUGUGACACACAAGAAUGUAGCAGCUGUGCAGGUCUCCUCUGUUGCCAGAAACUUCCAAUCCAGGUGUAAAAGAAUCUUCCAAAGGUAGUGCUGAAUUGUGUUUAACCUGGCAAAUUAAACUUUUUUCCGUAUUAAAUUUAAAAAUAUGUAAACAAAUUAAACACUUGAAAAGCAAAGUCAUAUGUGAUCAAGCGUGGAAUACCACUCCCUGCAGACGCAUCUCCUCUCCUGCCGAGGGAGGGUGGUGGCGGUGGUGCUUAGUUGGAGGUUUUACUUUUACUUCUCCGAAUUUUUCAAUAUUGAUCUUCAUCUAAAAAUUUGUUCUCGUUUUUUGAUUGCAGAUCAAAGAAUGCUAUAAAUGUGGAUCAAUUUUAGUAACUUUGAUACUUUUAAUUUGGUUUGGAAACUAUUAAUUUGCUCAUUAUAGAGUGAAAACUAUAUAAAGUACUGGAAGUGCCUUUUUUCUAUAAACCCCAGGUUUUUGUUUUUCACGGUGAGAGACUUACUGUGCCUGCGGUGAGAGCCUGAGCAGCUGUGUUGUGGCCAAUUUGAGAGCAUCACCGAGUCGUCUCGCCCACUUUCUGGACUUUUUGUCCUUGACAAAGCGACCCCGUGUCAGGUGCGCCUGGCCUGAGUCUCCUUAGCAGGACAGCUCUUACCUGCGGGCGGUGCUUAUGUCCUAGGUAACAUGGUUUGAAAGGAAAGGUGUAGGGUUUUUUUUUGAUUAAAGACAAAAACCGCCAGUUACAUGUGCAUUCUUUUCCUUAAAAACACCGUCCUCGAACUGUUCAGCGUGCACUUCCGUGCUGACCCGUGUGAGUGGGUGUUCCAUUUAACAUUCCUGUGGAACAUGUAGCAUGCCUGAUGGCAGGACACCUGAUGGGUGACAGUGUGUCUGUCUGUCGUCUGUCAGUCAUCCACGUCCCUACCAUCUAUCCAAAUAUCUUUUUUUAAUAGAACAAGAAAUUUACUUGACUGAGCCUUGAAAGGGAGACAUGUUUUAAGGGGUGUUAAAAUAAAAAUCCAGUUUGUGUUCAGAGCCCAAUGGUGGAGAUUUUGUUUCGUAAUGCAGAGGAAAGUUUAUAAUUUUUAGUGUAAUAGCCAAUUGAAACAUCUUGGUUCCUCAGGUAAACAGUUGAGCAUGUAGACUGUAACCCUCCAGCUCCCUGAAGAAGCGCUUGCUGCGACUGUGCCGUGAUUCAGGCAGGCAUUGUAAAGCAGGAGGCAGGGAGGUUUGUCUUUGGCUAGUCCUGUCUGGAGGUGCAGGAGAGUCGACACUGCGUGUGAGACUCUGGAGUCUGUCCGGUGUGGGGAGCGGGGAGCGCCACCCCGCGCUCUGGGGGGGCCUGGGACCAGCUGCAGUUGCUGUGCCGGGAUGCUGUAACGCUAAGUGCCUGUAACUCACCCGGGUGAUGUAUCCGUGAUGCUCAGGGGGCACGUAGUCCUUCAUAAUAUUGUUCCUCAGAAUCUGAAGACAAAGCCAGACUGGGAUUGGAAUAUGCACUGUAAAUCACAUUUUUCUUAUCUACAAAGAUUAAUGUAAAAAUGAAUUUUUCUUCUGUUGUAUCUGAUUAAAUGAAAAUAAAUGUUUGUGGUUUUUAAUAUAAAUAUUUAUUGAUGUGCUUUGGGAGAAAAAUAUUUUUUCUUGAUAGAAUUUACCAAAGCAACUUUGUUUUGAUCACAGGUUAAUGAGAGAAUGUGGUUGAUUUUGGGGUUUUUGUUUGAAUUCUGUAAACACACAACUUCACUGUGUGAAAAGCAAGUUGCCUGUGCUCCUUCUACUGUUUUAUUAUUUUUCAACAGGAAAGUGAUUGGCUUCAAAGAAGGUAGAAUUCAUCCUUAAUGCUGUUUGUAAAAAAUAAAAGUAUCAUUUACGUCGUCUUUCAUUGUUAGUUUGCACGAUUACUGGCAUCUACUUAGAGGUAAAAGCUUACGAUGACUUUAACCACUUACAGCUAAUGGCACUUUUCUCGACACUUUAAACCUCAUUUUAAAAUGCAAACAAACAAUACAUGUAGAAUUUUUCAUAAAUAAAUGACCGAUUUCAA